AUGUCGACCGAGGCUCAAAAACCACGGUUCCGCAAGGUCCAAAGCUUUCAGUCCGACUAUGCCCCAACUGGCAUCACCCAGUACGUCUCUGAGCGAAGUGGCAUGCAGGUUAUUGUGGCCGACCGCAAGGGCCCCAAGGUCAACGGCUACUUCACACUAGCCACCGAGAUCUUUGACGACUCUGGUGCGCCUCACACAUUGGAACAUUUGGUCUUUAUGGGCUCCAAGAGCUACAAGUACAAGGGCCUGCUCGACAAGCUGGCCGGCAGAGCCUACUCCAACACCAAUGCCUGGACUGCCGUCGACCACACCGCUUACACCCUUGAAACUGCCGGGUGGGAUGGCUUUGCUCAGAUCCUCCCUGUCUACCUCGAGCAUGUCAUUCUCCCUAACAUCACGGAUGAUGCCUGUGUGACCGAGGUUCAUCACAUUGACGGCGAGGGCAACGAUGCCGGUGUCGUGUACUCUGAGAUGCAAGCUCUUCAGUACAGCAGCUCUGAGCUGAUGGAUCUUCAGGCUCGCCGGUUGCUGUAUCCUGAAAAUAUUGGUUUCAGAUACGAGACUGGCGGUAUGAUGGAGGCGCUUCGGGUCUUGACUCCCAACAGAAUUCGUGAAUUCCACAAGGCCAUGUACCAGCCCCAGAAUCUGGCUGUCAUCAUCACUGGUGAGGCUGACCACGAGGACCUACUGAAGAUCUUGGACACGUUUGAGGAGAGCAUCAAAGAUGAUAUCCCACCACCAAACCCCAGCUUCAAGCGCCCAUUCGUUGACUCUCCCCAACCACCUCCUCUCGAAAAGACCAUUGUCCAGACGGUCGAGUUUCCCGAGGAAGACGAGUCCACCGGCGAAAUCCUUGUGGCUUUCUUCGGACCCAGCUGCAUUGACCAGAUCGAGGGCACAGCGGUUAACAUCUUGAUGACCUACCUCUGCGGCUCGUCGGUCUCCAUCAUCGAAAACACCAUCGUGGAGAGAGAGCAACUGGCUAGUUCGGUUUCGUACUGGUGGGACUCGAGACCAAACUCCGUCAUCUGGUUCCAGCCAACUGGUGUUGCCACUGAGAAGCUUGCCUUUGUCGAGCAGCGCCUGGUUGACCUUCUUAAGGAAGUCGCCUCGAAGCCUCUUGAUAUGAACUAUAUCAACGAAUGCCUCCAGCGUGAGAAGCGCCAAGUGAAGCUCCAGGCGGAAUCCUCCGAGCAGUUCUAUGCCAGCAACAUUAUUACGGAUUAUUUGUUUGGCAAGCGGGACGGCUCUACCCUGAGAGACCUGGAGACCCUGAAGGAGUAUGAUGUGCUCGAGAAGUGGACUGAUGAGCAGUGGCGUGCCUUUUUGAAGAAGUGGAUCUCUGACGCCCAUCACGUCUCUAUUCUCGGAAAGCCAUCGCAUGAGCUGGCCAAGAAGCUCAAGGCUGGCGAAGAGGAGCGCAUCGCCAAGAGGAAGGAGGAGCUCGGAAAGGAGGGUCUCGAGGCUCUCAAGAACAAGCUCGAGACUGCCAAGCAGAACAACGAGAAGCCAAUUCCUCCUGAGGUGUUGGAUCAGUGGCCAGUUCCUGGCACCGAGUCAAUUCACUUUAUUGAGUCUUUGACCGCGAGAUCAGGAAAGGCUCGUGCCCUUGGUGCUUCGGACAACAAGGCGCAGAAGAUCAUCGAUGCAGCUCCUCAAGGAAAGCCCCUUUUUGUGCAGUUUGAGGAUGUUCCGUCCAACUUUGUGCACUUGACGCUUCAUGUCGGCCUCUCUGAGACAGCAGUCAAGUACAAGCCUCUUCUUUCCCUCUUCACCGACAACUUCUUCAACUCCCCCGUCAUCCGGGAUGGCAAGCGUCUCGAAUUCGAGGAAGUCGUCAAGCAGCUUGAAAAGGACACAAUCAGCUACCACAUCAGCUCGGCCAGCAGACUAAGCGAUUACGAGGGUCUGGCUAUCCAGUUCCAGGUAGACCCGGAAAAGUACACCACCAUCAUCGACUGGCUGCGCACGCUCAUGUUCGACAUUGUCUUUGACCCUGUCCGCAUCAAGGCUGCCAUCGUGAAAGCCCUUGCCGACAUCCCCGAGCUCAAGCGCGAUGGCCGGACCAUGGCUCAGGAAGUCGACAUGGCCAUCCACUUCCGUCCCGAGGCUUACCUGUCUGCGAAGCGCACCCUCGUCAAGGCGGUCUACCUCCGUCGCCUCAAGAAGCUUCUCGAGAAAGAGCCCGAGACCGUCCUCGGGUGGUUCGAGGAACUCCGCAAGUCUCUCUUUUCGUUCCAAAACCUCCGCGUGCUAGUCACCGCCGACGUGGCCAAACUCUCCAACCCAGUCGCAGCCUGGGACGCACUCACCUCCCACCCCGACCUCAACCCAACCAAGGACGUCCUCCCCAUCGUCAAACUCUCGGCAAUGCUCAACGAAGAAGGGCAAUCCCCUGGUUCGGUAGGAUCAGUCAUCAUCCCCAUGACAACCCUCGACAGCUCUUACUCCGUCUCCACCGCCACCGGCCUGUCUUCCUACUCCUCCCCCCUCCUCCCGGCCUUCCUCGUCGCCCAAGCCUACCUCGAAGCGGUCGAGGGCCCGCUCUGGAACGCCGUCCGAGGCAACGGUCUUGCCUACGGGGUUUCAUUUUCGAGGGAGAUAGACGGUGGAUACCUCCAGUUCAAGGUUUACCGCUCCCCCGACGCCUCCAAGGCCAUUGAAGCCUCCCGCGCGACGGUUGCGAAGUUGGCCUCGGGCGAGGAGCCGCUGGAUAGGCACUUGAUCGAGGGUGCGGUCAGCUCGAUUGUGUUUGGCGUGGCGGACGAGCAGUCUACUAUGACGGCGGCGGCGCAGCAGAAUUACAUGAUUUCUGUCGUUCGCGGGUUGGAGCAGGGGUGGAACAAGAAGAUUCUGGCUAGGGUGAGGGAGGUGACGGAGGAGGAGAUUAGGGAGGUGAUGAGGGAGGUGAUCUUGCCGGUUUUUGAGCCGGGAAGGAGCAAUGUUGUUGUUACUUGUGCGCCGAUCAUGGAGGAGAAUAUCGUCAAGACGCUGGGUGAGAGGGGUUACAAGACCCAGGUUCAGACGCUUGCUCACUUUUAUGAUGACUAUGGUCUCAAGGCUGAUGAGGAGGAUGGUGAGGAUGAGGAAGAGGAGGAUGAAGAUGAGGAUAUGAGCGCUGGGUCGUAUGAGUCUGGUUUGGAGGAGGAGGAUGAUCUCUAG